AGCACAACAUCGGGGCAGCACUGCAGUGAUGGCAGGCACUGAAACAGUUAUGUCCCUGCAAGAAUUAAUUGCAUCCUUGGAUCAAACUUGUCUGCCACGGAUUCUGCAGGUUUGCUCUGGGGUAUACUUUCAAGGGUCUGUUUAUGAGCUGUCGGGAAGCGAGGUGUGCCUGUCCACGGGGGACCUGGUGAAGGUCAUCGACAUCGAGCUCCUGUCUGUCAGCUGUGAGAACACCAGCAACAAUGAUACGUUUGAGCUGCCCAUCAACCAUGCAGAUCUGUUCAAGCUGGUUCCAGAGGAGAUGCCAUACAGCACAGUGGAGGAGAUGGUGAGUCUGAGGCCUGUAGGCCUGGACACCUGCCUUCCCUUCACCUUCACCAGCCGAUGUGAGCUGACCUUACAGAAUUCCACCCUCGGCGCCGGGGUGGCCGUGACCAUGCUACACAUCGAACAGCAGGACAGGGGUGAGGAGAGCUGCGUCCGCUGUCAACUCAGAGGCCAGCAGGGGGCGUCGGCUGAAGUGCUAGUCCCCUUCUCCUGCUGUGGGGAGUUCUAUGAGUGUGAGAGUGACCAGACCUACACCCUCAAGGAGAUCAUGUCCUCGCCCCACCUCUGCAGCCGGCACUUUUGCUUCAGCAAGAAGACCAAGCACGGGGCAUCGCUAGUCUUCAGCCCCAUAUACCAGGUCCAGGCCAUCAUGCACUUGAGGAAGAACAUAGUCAAGUUCCCCUCCAGCUUGGAGGUGGAUGUGGUCGACGUGACGACGCAAUCCCAAGACUUGACAUUUGUGACCCCGCUCACUCUUCUCGAGGUCUUUGCACAGCCAGACGAGGCCUUCCCCACAAUGGCUGAAAUACUGGAGCACCAUGAGGGCCAGCCUCUGUUCCGUUGUACCUGGCUGGCUGAACUACACAAGGGCGAUCCUCUAGUCCUUCACAAGCGUGGUUCCUCAGCCAUGGUUCUGGCUUCGGGUCUCAAGGGGCGCAAGGCCCGCCAGUACUUCCUAAUGUCGCAGAGCUACGGGGGACGGCUGCGACGGAGGCCGCGGGAGUUCGAGUCGGUGUACGAGCUGUACGCCGCCUCGACCCAAGCGCCGUUUCUCACGGUCAGGGUGACGCGGCACAGUGAGGAGCUGGAGGAGGAGGGGCUUCUGGCACUCAGUGUGGGCGAGCAGCUGGAGGUGCUGCGCUGCGAGAAGGUGAAGCUGCCCGGAGGAAGAACCAGCCAGGAGGAGAAGAAUAACCAGACCGUGGAGGUCCUUGUAUGUAGACGUCUACAAGAGGUGGACGAUGACGAGGAGGAGGAUGAAGAGGAGAAGGAGGAGAGCGAGGUGGUCCACUUGCCCCUGUACAUGCAGAGCCACUUUGUGGAGAAGCUUACGGACAAUAAGAAGUACAGCCUGAAGGACUUGUGCAAGGCCUUCGCUCUGCCAUUGGACGUUAAGGUGGUGAGCGGUGACACAGAGCUGGAGAAAGAUCCUCUGGUGGGGUUCUCAUCCCUGAGGCUGCAGGAGGCUACUAUACAGCCCAUGGUCCAGGCCAGCCUUCCAGGAAAGCCAGAGAGGUGCUUUGAGAUACCCACCGACUGGCUUAACAUGUCUUUGUCUUUUACUAACGACCCCUUGCCUUUGACCCAAGAAUAUCACCUGGAGACAGUUACAGAGGUGACGGACUCAUUCUAUUACGAAUUUCGAAAGCUCACCGCAUCAGAUGAGCCCCCACCACCACGUCCACCAAAGCCGAAGACAUCAUCAAGAUCAAAUCCGCCGUCAGGCUCAAAGCCAUUGUCAGGCUCAAAGUCUUCCAAGGCAACCCCUUCACCCUCACACCCAGAUGCCCCCUGUCUUCCACCCAAAAGCGGCACCCUUUCCCUGUUGAGUGGUCUAAGUCUUGAUAGCAAAAAGACUCAAAGGCCCCCUGCUCCUCUGCCUCCGGCUUUCAAGGAUGAUGCCCCUCCGCUGAAUCCAAGAAAGCCUAUGACCGAUGUCAAGUCAGGCAAGGCUCAGCCAAACACUUACAGCAAGUCUAUAAGUCACAAGCCCAACAAUAAAGCGGCGAAAUAUGAAGUUCAAGCAGAUGUGGACAGUGACCAUGAUUAUGAGCAAGUGGACGACAAGUUGAAAAGAGCACAGGACAAUUUUUUAUUUUACUGAACCAGCCAGAGGAAUAACUAUUAAAAGGCUAACUAAAGUCUCAUUGCAUAAAAUAGAAUAACUAUUGGGUGCAAGACAAUGUCAGAACUAUGCAGACUGAUAGCCAGCCACUGUAACCGUGAAUAUUUUGAGAUGGGACUGUGCAAAAACAAGAUACAUGUCUUAUUGUACCCAUAUUUUGUUACUUGGUUUUCAUUUUCUACAUUGCUAAAGUCACAAGCAACACUUGCCAACCGAUUAUCCCAAAUGCUUAUCAUAAUAAAAGCCUAUUGGUGUUUAUGGUUGUUACAAAAUACAUGGCUAAAUUAUGAAAUGUAACUUAAAAUGUUCCCUUAUUUUAAAACUCAAUGAUGCUAGUCUGGCAGCGUCAGUGACCUUAGUGUUAAGAGUGGAGGUCAAUAUAAGAAAGCCGGAGUGAUAACAGUGGGGAUCUUCUUGCGCAACACAAAGCUUUACUGGUGCAUAUGCAUCAUUGCUUUGGGUAUCGAUACUGUAUGAUCUUAUACUUCUGCAUUCUAAGGUUACAUACAUUGUAAGAGAUACUUCCCAAUUGACUAUAUAAAAGAAUAGUAAUA